CGCAAUUCACUCUCUGCUAUUGAUGCCAGCUAUGAAGAUCCUAGUAUAGAGGCACUUUUAAGACGUGAAAUUGUAAGAUAUGAUCAAAAAAAGAAACGGCAAUUAACUAAUAGUUUAUAUAUAUACAGUAUGGAAACUGGGACACAAACAGGAACUACUGAUUUCUCAGACAAAGUGGAUAAAGCAACGCAAACAGAAGAUAUUAAUUUCUUGGCUAAAAUAGAGCAAGCUAAUAUAUUAUUAAUGA